CGCGUGUGUGCGCGUGCGUGCCCGGCGACGCAGCAGCCCCAGCCCUGACGUCCCGCUCCCUCCCUCUCUUUCUCUUGUCACUGUGUUUUUCGGGAGACGGUGGAGGAGGAGGGGGAUCCCGUUUUCCUUCGUGUUCUUCACCGAAAACUGAUGCUAUGUUCCCGACACAUAUCGUCGCAUUCUGCCGCCGCUCAUCCGAGAGAAAGCACUUACAACCAAACUGCAUGAGAGGAGCUAAGGGCGGGUUGGACUGAAAGGAAGGACCGGGAGACUGACUGACUGACUGGGAGGCUGCACGUCCGCCGCUUUCUUCAAUUCAGCCACAAUUUGCUAUUGAUUAACAAGCCAAGACUCCUUAGCUUCAUCUCUCGGUAUCUGGUGAUGUGGUGUCAGGCUGUUCCUGUUUCUGUUUCCGUGGCCGUUUCUCCGUGGGAGCCACCGUUUUGACGUUUGUCAUCCAGGAAAUCUUUUAUUAGCUAGCUAACAGGAAAACAGAAACUCCCCCUUUUUUUCUCAGCUCAGCCCGUGGUGGUCGGAGGGGGGACUCACAGAAACCACGGCUGUGUUUUAUUUUUGUUCUGUGUGGCUCAGUGUUGGUUUGUGUCUCACAACACAAUGCAGCGAAAAGUAAACCGGUGACCGCUGAGAUUUUUUCGUCAUUCAGCCAGUCGCUGGCCGUCGAAAUGGUACGGUAGUGUCUGAGACGGUUAGGGGGGAAGUGAAAAGCUACGUGGGAGGGAGGGGGUUCAGUCUGGGCUGUUUUUUCCUCCCCCAGGUGAGGUUUUGGUACCAGCGGCACCAGACAGACAUGCGGUGGAUGUAGCUAACCAGUUUUUACGUAUCAAUUUAAGCUGGAUCACUGUGAUCUGUGCUGCCUUCACGGACUGGGACAAUGAGGACUGUAUGAGAAGUGAGGCUGUUUUUUUCCAACACUGAUACACAGAGCCUGGUGCGAUUGACACCCGGGCUGUUUGUCGGGUGUUUUAACCCAGUGUGAACGCGAACCCUCAGCCCACUUCUUUCUUUUUCUGUUGGACGGCGAAGCGCACUCAGGGACGAAAAUGUCUUUACGCACGGCACUGCCUGGGAACGAGCGGAACCCGGACCACCACACCUCCCUGUCGGCCAGCCGCUCAGAGAAGGGUACCGGCUGGUCGAACCGCUCGCUCGGUGCCCGAUGUCGUAACUCCAUUGCCUUGUGUUCAGAUGAGCAGCCACGCAUCGGAAACUACCGGCUGCUCAAAACCAUCGGCAAGGGCAACUUUGCCAAGGUGAAACUGGCACGACACAUACCGACCGGCAGAGAGGUUGCAAUAAAGAUCAUCGAUAAAACACAGCUCAACCCAACGGGCCUACAGAAAUUGUUUCGGGAGGUACGCAUUAUGAAAACUCUCAAACAUCCCAACAUAGUGCAGCUGUUUGAGGUGAUUGAGACUGAGAAGACUCUUUACCUGAUUAUGGAGUACGCCAGCGGAGGCGAAGUGUUCGACUACCUCGUGGCUCACGGCAGAAUGAAAGAGAAAGAGGCCAGAGCCAAGUUCAGACAGAUUGUCUCAGCGGUGCACUACUGUCAUCAGAAGAACAUUGUUCACAGAGACUUGAAGGCGGAGAACUUGCUACUCGACGCCGACUCAAACAUCAAAAUAGCCGACUUUGGCUUCAGUAACGAGUUCUCUGCGGGCAGUAAACUGGACACGUUCUGUGGCUCCCCGCCGUAUGCCGCUCCGGAGCUCUUCCAGGGGAAGAAGUAUGACGGUCCAGAGGUGGACAUCUGGAGCCUGGGUGUCAUCCUGUACACACUGGUCAGUGGAUCCUUGCCUUUUGACGGACAGAACUUAAAGGAGCUGCGGGAGCGUGUUUUGAGGGGCAAAUAUCGCGUGCCCUUCUACAUGUCUACAGACUGUGAGGGAAUCCUGCGCCGCUUCCUUGUCCUCAACCCUGCCAAGCGCUGCUCACUGGAGCAAAUAAUGAAAGAUAAGUGGCUUAAUGUCGGCUAUGACGGCGACGAGCUCAAGCCCCACACGGAGCCUGAGGAGGACUUGAACGACCCCAACCGCAUUGAUGUGAUGGUUGGGAUGGGCUUCACUAGAGAAGAAGUCAGAGAUUCGCUGGUCAGUCAGAGGUACAACAACGUCACUGCCACAUACCUGCUGCUGGGACGUAAGAAUGAGGUUGGGGGCAGCGAUUCUCGGUCGGGCAGCAGUUUGAGUCUAGCUCGGGUCCGACCAGGAACCAUCACCAACGGAACCAGCAAACACACCACUUCCUCUUCCUCCUCUGCUGCACCUUCUUCCUCCUCUGGCCACAAGGCUCAGCGUAGCGCCUCCACCUACCACCGCCAGCGACGGCACUCUGACUUCUGUGGUCCAGCGGUUCCAGGGUCACACCCCAAGCGGAGUCCCAGUGGCGUCGGCGAAGGGGCGGGGCUUAAGGAGGAGCGGCUGUCAAUCCGCAAACCGAGCACCAACACCGUCGGCUCCCGUAGCAUCCCAACUCCCUCGAGUCCCAUGGUCAGCUCUGCUCACAACCCGAAUAAGGCAGAGAUACCUGACCGGCGCAAGGACGUUACGUCAACCACAAACAACAUCCCUGCUAGUGCCAUGACUCGAAGAAACACGUAUGUGUGCACAGACCGAUCCAACACUGAUAGACACACACUGCUGCAAAAUGGCAAGGAAAACAGUUCCUUGUCCCACCGCCUUCCACCCGCCUCCCCCUCGACCCACAGCAUCGCCGGUGCCUCCGGAGCCGCCUCCUCAUCCUCCACCCCCUCCUCCCGCCUCUCCAGGGGAUCCACAGUGAGGAGCACUUUCCAUGGAGGGCAAAUUAGAGACCGCAGGCCUCCCUCCAACGCUCCUCCGGCUUCCCCAACGCUGUCCCACGAUGCCAGCCCCUUGCCCCAUGCCAGGAACCGGGCCACGACCAACCUGCUCAGCAAAAUCACCUCCAAGUUGACCCGCAGGGUCAAUCUUGACCCUUCUAAACGUCAGAGCUCAAACAAGUCCAUGUCGGGCUGCACCCUCCCACAGGGGACAAAAACAGUUAACGAACCUGAGAGAAUCAGCAGAUCUCCGGUCACAAGUCGCCAUCUAUCUGGGCAUCAGAAAGCGGCCGAGCCCCGGACCCCCAGAAGCGGCUGGGAUGUGAGGGUGCGGAGCCCCCGUGACCCGGCCGAGGUGGUGCUAGCUCUGCGCGAGGCGGCGCAGGGCUGCGGCUGCCAGGUCCACCUGGCCGGGCCUUUUCUCCUGUCCUGCACCCACGGUGCAGCCGGCGCCCGUGUGGCCUUUGAGGCCGAGGUCUGCCAGCUGCCCAGCGGGCUGGGCCAGAGCAGCGGUGUGAGGUUCAAGCGCCUGUGGGGGGCACCGUUAGCCUUCAGAGACAUCGCCUCCAAAGUGUCCAAGGAGCUGGAGCUCUGAGGGCAACGGGAGGCGGGGCCAAUUGAUAAUAAACAAGACAAGCUGAUGAAUUGAAAGGGAGGAGGAGGGGCAGGAACAGCGAAGCAGAAACCUUCACCUCCUCCCUUUCUUCCCUGAGCUCCACCUCAUCUGAUGCGGCUAGCGAUGCCUCGCCUCCACCAAAGACCCUCUUCUUCUGAUGCCACCAGUCACGGCCAGGCAAACGGAUGCACAGACGUGGAUGGACCACCAUCGGCAGACCUAUGAUGACCCUUGACCUUGAAGCUGUCAGUGACCUACGACCCCUGCUUAAAACACACCACCACCUCCAUGUUAUGUGAACCUAUGAAGUCAAACAGGUUUUUUUGGGUUUUUUUUUUUUCAUUAUUUACUGUUUGAUGACAAAAAAGGUUGGUGUUGCUGAGAAUGAUGGAGAUGUUGUUGACAUUGUUAUUCCUAUUGUAUCAUAUUUGUCAUCAUUCCUUUUUAAAGAGCUGCUAUUUAAAGAAAUGUUUUAAUUUUUGUGUAUUAAGUUUAUUUUCUUUCUUGAAUGCUUUUUAAAUGGGCAGAAGUUUGACAUUCUCUGAAGCAGAUGUCACAUACUUAAAGGCGCAGUCUGACCUCCAGCCUCUAGAGGGAGACAUGCAGAAAUGCAGAAAUUUGUGAGAGACUAAUUGAAGCAUCACAACCUUCCUGCCCAUCCAUUUAAAAUGCCAUUUUACUACUCAGUUGGGACUUUGGUGUAUGUUUGUACCUUUUCUGGUAAAAAGUUGCCUCCCUGCCUGCUUUCAAAACUGAAUUCUCUACUGUGAAUUGAUAGCUGGCAGGUGAGCUGCUUACAGACAAGCGAAGCUGCCUGAUAACCUGAUCAACUAACAAAGGCUCAACUUGUCCCAGUGGUUUGUCCCCUGCUACCUUUAGUAACCAGCAGAAAUCCUUUCAAAAAAAAUCUAAAUUACAUAACAUCCUACUGGAUUAAAGGACAAAGGAGAAUCAUCAGAAACUAGAUGAUUUUGUUACUGUGUUUACAGGAGUUUAUUUCGUGUUCAGCUCAUAUUGUAUGUUUUCACUGAAGGCCCAGAUAACUGAUAAUAUUAGAUAAUAUAAUAAUAUGAUAUCACUGCCCCAAAUGGUUACAUAAAUAAAAAGUGAAAAAUCUGUGGUUUUUUUGGACUGGUUCAAAUUGUUAUCUGAUGUGAUUGAAAUUUAAAAUAAUACGAUACAAAUACAUGAAGCUAAAAAGCCUUUACUUGUUGGUUUACUGUCAAACAAUCGAAUGUGAAGCAGCCACAGAUUGUGAUUCAGCUCAUAAUCCUUGUAAACGUUUUUAAAAGCCCAUCAGACUCUCUUUAUUAUUAUCAUUGUUUGUUUGUUUGUUUGUUCCACACACGAUAACAGCAGCUCAUACUGGUUGAGAGCAGAUUUUUCUGGCAUACAGUAGUUGUUCUGGUAGCACUUUGGCAUCAUGGUGUCACAGUCUGUCUGAAUGCCAUUGCUUCCCACAAACAUAGUGCAAUACAGCCACAAAGCCAAGAAUCGAGACUUGAAUAAGCAUUGAUUAAGACUUAACAGGGCUCCUUGUUUGGUUUGUUUUUUAAUUUUUGAUAUUGCUGAUUUGUUGUUAAAUUUCGUACGGCACUUUUUUUAGCCCGGAUUGCAUUGUACUGUACUGGCAGAGUUUUGAAUUAACUGUUUUUCUUUUGUAAUUUUUUUUUUUUUUAAAUCACAUUGUCUCACACAUUCAAAGCCCAGCGAAGUGAAAAGUUGACACUCUGAACACGUUUCUUUUCUUUUAGUUAUGCUUCUUGGCAUCAGUCAUCGCUCACGGCGAGACCAGCUGGAGAGGGUGACUUUGAGUGACGCCACAAAUGAAACGACACGUUUCUGACAAGAAAAAUCAAAAUGGUGAUUUGCCACCAUAAAGCUUUGUUUUGUUUUUCCCAGUUUCAUUUAUUUUUUACCUUCCGUGACCAUUUUUUGAUAAAAACGUACACUUACGUCUCUGACCAAUCAGGCUGCAGCGCUGUUGAGACGCGUAUGACUUGAUCAAACAGAUUCCAUUAUUAUUCUAAGAGGUGUAUGACUGUUAGCUGAUCAGACUCCCGUCUCAUCAAGCCGCUGUGUAAUUUCAAAGCAUGAAACGUGCAGCGAUGACUAAGUGUUUUAAGAUGAGAAUGUGACCUCGAAGGACCUUUUGAGAAAUCAGAUUCUUGGAUUUUCUUUUACAAAAACGACGCUACCAACAGAGUCGAACAAGUGCUACACUGAUCGUAUAUCGACACUGACAUCUCCAAAAUCAAAAGGUUGUUGUACUUGUAUUGUGUCUGUAAAGCCAAGCAAUUAUAACCUGUUCUCCUGAAGUAUGCACCAUCUAACAGAGCAGAUUUGUCAAAGGAAAAGUCGGACGAUACGGCAGAUUUGUGAUCUCAUACAACUGUAAGGUCCACAGGACUUUAUGUUUAAUCAGCCACAGCAGGUAUCCACCACUGUCUGAAAAUGUGAAGCUGUGAUUUAGGGCUAGUUUGUGUGUGUGUGUGUGUGUGUGUGUGCAACUGGGCCUCACUCUCUGAUCCCUGUUCUGUAGAUACACUUAGGGCCAUGCUUUAAGGCUACAGUUCUGUUGCGUUGUUUGUUUGAAGCUGUCGCUGUUGUCAACUUAAUUUAUGGGCUGAAAUUACAGAAGUGAUCGACCUGCAAUCCUGCAUGUCUCCUAGGAAAUAAUGUGUGACACAACAAUAAAGACUUUCAACCUC